AUGGCCCAGGCAAACCUCACUUUGGUGACAGAGUUCCUCCUCAUAGCGUUCACUGAACACCCAGAACAGGGGCUGCCUCUGUUCUACCUGUUCUUAUUUAUGUAUCUCUUCACUUUACUGGGGAACUCAGGCAUGAUUGUUUUGAUCCGCAUGGAUCGCCGGCUCCACACCCCUAUGUACUUCCUUCUAAGCCAUCUCUCUUUCAUGGACAUCUGCUACUCCUCUGUCACUGUUCCUCAGACAAUGGCCGUUCUGUUGGAGCAUGGGGCUGCUUUAGCCUAUGCACGCUGCGUGGCUCAAUUUUUCCUGUUUACCUUCUUUGGCUCCAUCGAUUGCUACCUCUUAGCCCUCAUGGCUUAUGACCGCUAUGUGGCCGUGUGCCAACCUCUGCUUUAUGUCACCAUCAUGACACAGAAGGCCCUCCUAAGUUUUGUGGCUGGGGCUUAUGUUGCCGGUCUCCUCAGUGCUUUGGUGCGAACAAGCACAGCAUUCUCCCUCUCAUUUUGUGGAAACAAUGAGAUCGACUUCAUAUUCUGUGACCUUCCUCCUCUGUUAAAGCUGACCUGUGGGGAGAGCUACCCACAGGAAUUGGUGAUCAUUGUGUUUGCCAUUUUUGUCAUCCCUGCCUGCAUGGUGGUAAUUAUGGUUUCCUAUCUGUUCAUCAUUGCGGCCAUUCUGAGAAUCCCUUCGGCAGGAGGUCGCGUCAAGACCUUCUCAACCUGUGCCUCCCACCUCACCGCAGUGUCACUCUUCUUUGGCACCCUCAUCUUCAUGUACCUGAGAGACAAAUCCGGCCAGGCUUCAGAAAAGGAUCGGGUAGUGUCUGUAUUCUACACAACAGUAAUUCCCAUGUUGAAUCCACUCAUUUACAGCCUGAGGAACAAGGAAGUGAAGGAUGCUCUAAGGAACGUUCUUAAUAGAGUCAAGGCUGCCUAA